AUGGCAUUCCGCCUUACCUACGUCGCACCUGGUUCCUCCCUCCCAAGCUACACCGGAGAAAACACUGGAGAAGACGAGGGAAGCGAAGUGGUCUCCUGGCUCAUAAAGGCAUUCCUGUCACUUUCUUGCCUGGCUGAUCCUCUCCUUGUACAAAUGGGUUUCUGCUACUCUGCCACUGUGAGAGGCUCACUCCAACCCAGAGGACCCUGGGUGCGCACUGUUUCUCCAACUCCGCCUAGUGCUGCUCCUGUUUCACCGGUGGGCCCGCUUCUCGGCCCGCGCUUCCUUCAGUCGUCUGGUUCGCUCCUCGCCAUGCCAGCGGUGGCGUUCUCCUCAGGUGAGCAACUCUCUUCCACCUCCGGCCCGCGCCUGAUGCCUGCUCCUCUCCUGCGUGACUCUCCAAGUACGUCGCUGGUUGCUCCUGUUCCGGGUGCUGGGUCAUCGGCUCCUCUACAGCCAUGGAUCCGCAGACUUGGUACCGUUAUUUCAAACCUCCGCCCACUCAGCCGCACAUCAACCCCGAUGACAGCUAUUGAUCUCACCAUAUCUAUGGCUUUGAUCAACAUUCGAUCCCUCUCCAAUAAGACGUUUCUGCUUAAGGAUUUCUUCUCUUCUCAUGAACUGGAUUUUAUGUUCCUGACUGAGACCUGGCUACAUGCUGGCGCUCCUGAGAGAAAGUGGAAAAAGGACAAGCUGCAAAUCUCCUUCAAUAUCCUGAGAGACUCUCUUUUAACUUAUCAGAAAGCUGCUAAAGAGGCUAAGUCCUCCUACAUAUCUAACCUGGUCAGCAGUAAUGUCCAUAAACCUCAGACUCUGUUUCGUGUUUUAAACUCCAUUGUUGAUCCUCCUACAUCCAGCUGCCUCACACCUUCUGCCACCCUCUGCAAUGACUUUUUAUAUUUCUUUGUUAAUAAGAUUUCCUCCCUGCAGUCUGCCAUUCCACCUCCACCUUUCAAUCCCUGUGUUUCUCCCUCGUGCCAAUCUGCCUUUAACCAGUUUGAGCUAAUCUCUCUUUCUCAGCUGCAUGAAACAGUCUGCAAGGUCAAGUCUACCAACUGUUCCACUGACGCUAUCCCCUCUCGUCUUCUGAAGCAGGUCCUGGACUCAGUUGGACCUGUCCUUCUGGUACUGAUCAAUGCCUGUCUCAGCUCUGGUUGUUUCCCAACACUUUUUAAGCAUGCUGUUGUUCAACCUCUCCUCAAAAAGCCUAACCUGGACCCAUCUAUACUCUCUAAUUAUAGGCCCAUCUCCAAUCUGCCCUUUCUGUCUAAAGUACUGGAACGAGUUGUCAUCAGGCAGCUCCAGUCAUUUUUAGACCACAACAGUCUCUAUGAGAAGUUUCAGACUGGUUUUAGAGCUCGUCACAGCACUGAAACCACCUUACUGAGAGUUUUUAAUGAUUUGCUUUUAACUGUAGACUCUGGUUGUGCUGCUGUCCUAGUAACCUUAGACCUGACAGCAGCCUUCGACACUGUUGAUCACAACAUACUGUUGUCCCGCCUAGAACACUGUGUCGGUUUGAAAGGUACUGUCUUAAAGUUUUUCCAGUCCUACCUGGAUAACAGGAGUUUUUCUGUUCACCUCGGUGAACUGUCAUCUCCCAGAGCUCCUUUAACUUGUGGUGUACCUCAGGGGUCAAUUCUAGGCCUCCUGUUGUUUACUCUGUAUUUGCUUCCUCUGGGCGAUGUGCUGUGCAAACAUAAUGUGUCCUUCCACACCUUUGCUGAUGACAUUCAGAUCUACCUCCCUCUGAG